AUGAUCAGCAUCACUAUUCUAAAGAAGCAAUAUCAGGAUAUAUUCAAUGUGAAUGAGAUAAAGAAGCAAAAGCAGACUAGAUCUAGAUGUCAGAUUCAACAUGCAGGAGGUCUCACUAGACAGGAAGAUCAGAAUCUUAUUAUUCCAUCUGCUGCACUUGUUGAACAGUCUGUCAUUCAACCUUCUGAGCCUGCAGUCUCUGGGCCUAGACCACACUCAGGAGCAUCACAGCAGUGCAGCAACUGCAAUUUACCUGGUCAUAAGAGAACAAGAUGCCCUCAAUCUAGUCAUUAUCUUUCUCCCAGACGGAUGGAGUACUAUGACAAUUACUGGGCUAGUUUUGUGCGGAGACUGAAGAUACUACUGUCGACACCUGGAUAUGUGACUUAUGUUGCUGUCGCGGAUCCCCCUGAUGACAUUGAGGGGCUCGCUGGUCAAGUCCAAGAACGUGGAGACAAGGUUGUUGGAUAUGCUGCGUGGGUGCGGGAAGGGACCUCCCCAGCUGCAAGGAAGUGGAAGAGGAAUAAUGAAUGA